CUUCCCACUACAACGGAACGCAGCUGUUGCCUGCAAGGAAUCCCACUCCACAAGUUCCCUCGACGUCGUUCCUCCCUCCACUUGAACCAGGGUUUGGUUCUUCCUCCUUCAAACAAGUCUGCUUUUUCACUUCGCCCUUUGAGGCUCUCCCGCUUUUUCUCCCCGUUAACUUCUGACCACUUCCACUCGAAACUUCUUUUCUUCAUAAAGCUCGUUCAUUCAAUCUCCCAGCACCUAAUCUCUUAUUGCAACGCCCUUGACACGGUCCUUUUUAGUCCCAGAAAUGGGGGAGAAACGUUCUACUUCAGCGAUGGACGCGCUUUUCGAAACGCAUGCCAAACUCCGCAAACGAAUGGCUCUUUACAGGGUCAGGGCCGUUCCAAACCAGAAUUAUCAGCGCGAUGGCACCAAGUCGUAUGUCUCCGUGCUGAACAGGUUCGGGUUUCAACCCACCAAACCUGGCCCGUAUUUCCAGAUAUUCGAGGAGUCCGAAGAGGCCCCUAGCAUGUCUGCCGCCCCAGGAGUCAAACCUGGCCACGUCUGGCAAGGCCUCUUCAAGAAGCUCAAGGACCAGGAGGAGCCGGGCGAGGUCACGGCUGAGGACCAGCAGAACGAUAGCGAAUACCUUUGCGAGGUCAUGAUUGGCACGGCCUGGACUGCCGAACGGCAGAUAGUCAAGAUGGACUUUGAUACCGGUUUGGCUGAUUUCUGGGUCAGCCAGAAGAGUUUCGAUCCCAAGAAGUCGGUGACCUGGCAGCUCGCUAAGGACAAAAGCUGGAAGGUCCAAUACGGUGAUGGAAGCUCAGCUUCGGGCAUAGUCGGUCAUGAUAUUCUCAUCAUUGGCGGCAUCCAGAUCAAGAGGCAGGCCAUUGAGAUUGCAACGGAGAUGUCGGCGCAGUUCAGUGAAGGCACCAUGGACGGUAUCCUUGGCCUGGCGUUUAGCAAGCUCAACACGGUCCAGACGGAUGGCAAGCCAGAUCCUCAACGCACAGUUGUCGACAACAUGAUGGCCCAGGACGAUAUCCCCCCCGAGGCUGAGCUCUUCAGUACGGCCCUGUACAGCAAUAGGGAGGAUGACCAGCGAUCCUUCUACACGUUCGGCUGGAUUGACGAGGACCUCGUGAAGGCAUCUGGCGAGGAGAUCGUUUGGACCGACGUUGACAACUCGGAGGGCUUCUGGAUGUUCUCGAGCGAGCAUGUCACCAUCGACGGCCAGCAAGUUCGGAUUGAGGGCAACAAGGCCAUCGCCGACACGGGCACUUCACUGGUCCUGGUUUCGGACCAGGUUUGCGACGCUCUAUACGCCCAUAUUCCCAGUGCGGAAUACUCAGAAGAGUAUCAGGGGUGGACCUUCCCCCAAGAAACUGAGGUCGACAAGCUUCCCGAAUUCAGCAUCGCCAUCGGCGACAAGGAGUUUGUUCUUCAGAAGGAGGACCUGAUUUUCGCCCCCGCGGACGAGAGGGUCUUCUACGGCAGCGUGCAGUCACGCGGCGAGAAUCCGUUCGAUAUCCUGGGGAUCGCCUUCCUCAAGUCCAUCUACGCCAUCUGGGACCAGGGGCAUAAACGCUUUGGUGCUGUGCCCAAGAUGGAGGCAUUCGUACCGCCGACCAAGUAUGACAGGCCCCGUCUGACAGACCAGGACCGCAAGGACUUAGGCGUCACGAUUGGCUACGGAGACAUUUCCUCGACGUUUUUCGAAAAGAGGGCAUGAAAGGGGCGAUUGUACUUCGCCUGCUUGUGUCCGAAGGUUCUGCAUGCAGAGAAUAGUGUUUGUAGGAGCAGGGAAGAGGCGAUACAUUCUUUUCUCGUGGGAUAAUUGCUUUUCUGUUUUUGAUCCCCUUAUCCCGUAGUUGUUAGUCUCUCGCCGAACUAGAAUGCCAAUCGUUGUGUCGAGUUGCGACAUGUGCCACAACCAGCAAAUUCUUUCAACGACAGCUAACAGCACUCCGUUUUUGAAGUUGGUUUAGUGCGAGAGAGUCUGCUGCUCCGGAGCAUGUCCGGUGGAACGGCUUAAUCUCU